CCUUCAUAUAAAUAUGACAGCUGUUUUCAUAGCAAACGUUCUUUGUUAGUAACUUGAUUUUUCUCUUAGAUUCUCCUUCCCCCAUCUCCUCUUCCCUUUUUCUUCUUCUCUUUAUGUAGGAUAGAUUUUCAAUAACUUAUAGAGUUCCCUUUUUUGGGAAAGAGAAAACCAAAAGGAGGAUUCUAUUUUGUUGUAAUUUUGAUGGUUUCGAUGAUGGAAGGAGAAAAGAGAAAGCAAAGGCAACACCAACAAGAUAAGCCAUAUAGAGGUAUAAGGAUGAGGAAGUGGGGUAAAUGGGUUGCUGAAAUUAGAGAACCAAAUAAAAGGUCUCGAAUUUGGCUUGGUUCUUACUCUUCCCCUGUUGCCGCCGCUCGAGCUUAUGACACCGCCGUAUUUUAUCUCAGAGGUCCUACGGCUAGGCUUAAUUUCCCUGAAUGUAUAGUUAAUGAUGACCGUGAACUUCACGAUUUAUCUGCUGCUUCUAUUCGCAAAAAAGCUACUGAAGUUGGUGCUAGAGUUGAUGCUUUGCAAAUUGCCGCCCUUCAUCAUAAUUCGUCUGCAGGUUCUACUGAAUCCAACAGUAACUCAAAUAUUAACCCGAGAAGGGUUACUAUUAAGCCGGAUUUGAAUGAAUAUCCUAGCCCUGAAAGUUGCGACGAAGAUAACUGAAAUCUGCAGCUUUUAAUUAGUUCGGUCUCAAAAUUUUACUGGCGAAAAGGUUCUCAAUUGGACCGGACCAGUACUGCUUCUUCAAGCCACAAGCGGCGAUUAUAGAGAAAAAAGGGAACGAUUAUUAUUAUUAUUAUUAUGGCGAUGGAUAUAUUGAGGAUUAUGAAUAUAAUCCAAAGGGGUUGUAUGUUAAUAUUCAGUUUGGUAGUUGCUAAUUAGAAAAUCUCAAAUUACGCACGACAGUAUUGAUUGUUACUUGUUUUUUUCUUCUUUGAAAUCUUCUUCUUUAAUUUCAACUUCAGUUUCCGAUUUUAUUACUGUUCCAUUGGGUGAUGGUCAUGUGGUUUAAGGGAAGACCAAUAAAUGAACGAUAGUGUGGAAAUUCGCUAUUA